AUGACCCAUUACACGCUUGAGCGAGAGAAAGCUGCUUCAGAGAAGGAGGCCAUGUUGAAGCACAAGCGAGAAGCAGCAGAGCGGCGUCUAGCCGAGCACCCAGAUGGAGCUAUGAUACAGCCUGCCAAGAGCAAAUUUGACAGCGACAGCGAAGAGGAAGAGAAUGACACCAAAGAGCCCAAGAAGGAGAAGACAUCCGAGGAAAGCUUGUCAUCGGCGGCUGGUCUCCAGAGCACUGCUGUUCCUACACCCGGGGCUCUCGCACCUCAUAGAAGGAAGUCGCGCUUCGACAGCAGCGUGAAGACGACCUCGUCACUGGCGUCUGUACCGGAGCAGGAGGAAGAGGAACCGCGGCGAGCCUUUUCAGCCAAGCGGGAGCCUUCACCUCCAUUGACCCUUACUAGGGAGGAAAUAAAUCAGGAAAUGACUGCGAUGCUGAGGCGCUGGACGACAGAAAUCCUGCUGGAGAUGACAAGCCAACUCAUGGAGGAGGUGUCUGAGGAGGUGCUCUCCAGGGCCAGGAAAAAAGCUCCAGCUGUUGAGGUGAAGAAGAGCGGACACUCUGCCCUUGCUUCUUUGUCGGGUGGAGUUCUUGGCGGGCUGAGCAUGUACAGUGACAGCGAGUCGGAGUCGGAGGGUGAAGACAGCGCCCCUGCCGGCCAAGAACAGCAAGCCUCUCCCCAAGACAACAACUCUUCUGAAGACAGCGAUGAGGAACUCCGCGAGCAAAUCAGGAAAAAGAAGCGUGAUUUCCAGAUGACUGAACGAGAGAUCAUGCACAGGUUACAGGAGAAAAUUGAAAAUGAAGAGAAGGAAAAAAAGAUGGAGGAGCUAAGAGCACGUGAAAAAUAUAAAGAAGAAAGUGUAGAUGAAAGUGAGAGAGGGGACGAAAAAAUUAUCGAUGAGCCGAAGCACAAAGUUCCAAAAGUGAAAGAGGAAUCUCAGUCAGAGAAUGGAGAGACUAAGAAGAAAAAUAGAAGAGCAAGCUCGUCCGAUCACCUGGAUCAUGGUACUAAAGUGAAAGAACGUACGUCUGAAGACAGCAACACUGGACGACCAGAGGAAGUAUCUGAAGCUUCUCAGGACUCUGAGCCUGACUCGUUGCCUUCAGAAAAGAGCACCUCAACGACCAGCGAGGAGCGACGGAACAAGAAAAAGAAGAAAGACAAAAAACAGGCUAAGAAAAAUAGUAGUAAAGAAGAAUCCAAAAAGAGGAGUAGGUCCACUGAACGAAAAGCUAAAAAGGAGUCAAAGAAAAAGAAACGCCGACGCCGAGAUGAGUCUGAGUCUGAAUCAUCCGACGAUUCCGAUGUUGGUCAUGGAAAUUAUUUGUCUCGUGGGAAGAAAUAUUCGCGAGAGCAUUCACAUUCGCGGGAACGUCGGCACCGAGAGCGAAGUCGCAGUCGACGUAAAGGCAGUCGCUGUGACAGAAGUCGUAGCCAAAGCAGACACAAAUACCGAAGUCGAAGCCGCAGCAGACGACGAGAACGCAGCCAUAGUCGCAGCAGCAGAACUUCGUAUUCAUCAAAACGAUCCAGUAAACGCUCGCACAAAUACAGGUCUCGAUCAAAUUCUAGAUCAUCAAGCCGAUGCAAUUCCAGAGUUAGCUACUCAUCGUACUCUAGUCGCAAGAGAGCAAGGAGAUCUCGGUCUUAGAACUCUCUCUGCAUUUGACAUGUACAGAAUUAUUACGCUACCAGUUUUCGUGGUUCCAAAUUAUGUACAUAUUGUAAAAGAUUUCAACUUCUGGUGCUAACGUUAUCUGUAAAUUCUUCUAGUGAUUGUGUCGGAAACCUUCAAUAUACGUAGAUUCUAUUCAUUCAUCUCGAUUGAAUUUAAAUAUAAAUCUUUUUCUUGAAUUCUCAUCGAACGUGUGCAACGUCAACUAUUUUCGGAUGUCCAUCUAAGCAUUGAUGUCACUAAUUUUGCGAAUGUAAUGUAAACAUCGCUUCUGUAGCCAGCCAGCCUCAUCGUCUCCUGAAAAAUGCUCGACUCUUCUCUCACGUGAAUGUCGUUGUAAACCAUGACCCGAUAUAAUGAGUAUUUGUCAGGCGAUAUUGCAGCUUCUAUUUCUUCGCUCCCAGCAAACCUAGCAUCUGAAACUAAAAAUACAAUUCGCCUCCAACAAAUAACGUGGCUGUUGGCCCGAUGGUACCGGCAAACUACUUACACGCUUCACAUCUGUCAAACUUCACUUCAAGAAAACGACCCCCGUCAGUCGGCUCGAAGAUAAGUUUCCGUUUUCACCGCUCUGGUAAGGACAUCAUAAGGUUAGAAGAGCAUCAUUCCUUCAACGCAGUAUGAGUAACUAUAUGCAUAGAAUCGUUUAGAUUCAAAUUGUAGAAAUAAUAAAAUAUUUUACUAAUUAUUCUAGGAAUGGAAAAUCAAAAGUAAUACACUAUUGCAUUCAUCUAUGUGUUGCUGAUACGUACCGGUGAAAUUUAUCUUGUGCAAGCUAGAAAUAUAUAAUAAUUUCUUAUGAAUCAGUCUAAAUUGAUAAUAUCUAGUAUGUGCAAAAAUUACAAUAUCAUCCAUCUUUCCUUGCAAUUUAGUUAAUAUAGUGGAAACUCUUAUUACGUGUGC